AUGCCGACCCCGCUUCACGCGAUAUUGCAGGCUCAAAUCAAAAGAGGCAGCAAGCAAGUCCUGUCGAUACCGGAUGAGGACAGCCAGCCUACUGACUGGCAGCCGAGUUUUGAUGCGUCUUUUGCGCAAGCUGGCCUGAACGCGAACAGCCCGCAUCAUGGCAAGAUCAUGGCAAGCAAGUCACACGCAAAUGUCGGCCGUGACAAGUCAAGUCAUGGUCUUUGCAACUUGGUCCGACGGAUGGCUCCAUGCUCCGGGCUCCAUGACAUGUUGACCCCCACGGUUUCAUUUUUGCCUGAUGUAUUGAAAGCCAGGGCCCAGUGGCAACCCAUCUGCCCUGCCCUGUCUGGGUGGUAG